UGUGAUAUUUUAUUUUGGUAUUUGUGUUUUCAGGAUAUCUUGCCCAACAACACUAGACCAACACCUACCUCACAACCCACCUAUUAACAACAAUACAAACUCUUCAACACAACUUUCUUUCUAGGGUUUCCAAAGCCUAUCACCUUUCAUCCUUUCUAUCUGAAUUUGGAUCCUAAAUUCACAAACUUGAUUGCUUGUUUUUGCAAACUUUACUAGAUCUUGUCAAGAUUAGGGUUAGGGUUUGCAAUAAAUGGGUUACACUUGUGAUUAUUGCCGUGAGGCAAGAUCAAUGGUCUAUUGUAGAUCAGAUGAAGCUUACUUAUGUUUAUCCUGUGAUCGGAAUAUUCAUUCCGCAAACGCGUUAUCCAAACGCCAUUCGAGAACACUCGUAUGCGAUAAAUGCAAUUCGCAACCAGCAGUUGUUCGAUGUGUACAAGAAAAACUAUCACUUUGUCAAAACUGUGAUUGGGAAAGUCACAGCGGAUCUAAUUCGGCUUCGGGUUCCCACAGCCGUCAGACGUUGAAUUGUUACUCUGGCUGCCCGUCCGCAGUCGAAUUAUCGUCAAUCUGGUCGUUUAUGUCCGAUUCGGAUAACAAAAACGUUCAAGAUUCUGCAUGUGAGCAGGAAAUGGGGUUGAUGAGCAUUACAGAUAACAAAAGUGGUCAAGAUUUAUUAGUACCAGUUGAGAAUAAUGAUGCCCAAAAUGUAAUUCAACAACCCGAUCCAAACAAUUCGUUCACAUUCAAGACUUCAGGUACAAAGGGGAGUGAGCAGUACAUGGAUGUUGCAUUCUGUGAUGACUUCAGUAUGGAUGAAGUUGACUUGAGUAUCGAGAAAUACGAAGUACUCUUUGGCGUAGGGAAUAACGAUCCCGAAAAUCUUUUUGCACAAGACGGAAUCGAUAGUUUAUUUGGUCCUAUGGACACAUCUGUUGCAAAGGAGUCCUCAACCGGAUAUGAAAACGGGUUUCAACCGGCCUGCAGUAAUGCAGCGUCGGGUGAUUCUUUAAGGAGCUGUAAAACAGAACCGAACCCGUGCUAUAGGACACAACUGUCUAAUAUUUCGUUCUCAAGCCUGACUGGCGACAGCAAUGCUGGUGAUUAUCAAGACUGUGGAGCUUCGUCUAUACUUCUCAGGGGUGAGCCAACCUGGUCCACCCCGGCUCAUGAUAGCACCACGUCUUCUGGUAUCAGGAACGAUGCUGUACUCCGUUACAAGGAAAAAAAGAAGACCCGCAAAUUCGAGAAGACAGUAAGGUAUGCUACACGAAAGGCAAGAGCGGAUGUAAGAAAGCGCGUAAAAGGGCGUUUUGUGAAAGCAGGCGAUGCUUAUGAUUACGAUCCCAUGAGUCAAACCAGAAGCUACUGAGAGUAUAUACAUUUCUUGAUCAUAUCUCAUAUGCAUGAGGAAAGUAAUUAUAUAUACAUCUAAUCUAUAAAAGAUUACUUUCCUUUGACAAUGACAAACGCUUGUAUGGUUGUCUCCCAGGGUGUUUUCUUGUCGGUCAGCAGGCUUAUAGAAGAACGAACGCUGAUCAUACCGACUGGCUACCCGAUGAUCAAGAUUUCCCAUCAAAGAUUAGUUCUUGACGACAAAAAAGAGUGAAUCUGUGAGCAAAAACGCUACGUUAAUCUGUAUCUGCGCGUGUAAUUCUUAUUCGUGGUUAAAUCUUAAUUCUCUGAUGAAGAAACAAUCAUCAAAGCGUAUUGGCAUCGCCCGAGAUAGAUGAAGAUCCUUGUAAUAUAUAUCAUGUAAUUAUGCUUGGGUUAGGGUUUGAUUGCACAGGCAAACACUACCAACAAUGAUGUGUUCUUCAGAGUUCUCAUCUAUCAACUUAUAAACUGACAUUUUGGACUUAUAUUAAAAUUAUUUCCUUUGAUAUUUGAA